AUGUCGUUCUUUGGCUUCGAUACCACUCUGCCGCGCGACAAGCCGGCACAAGGCUCGCGGGGCAUGUUCGAGUCUCACGACCCGUUUGGCGGACUGAGCGGCGCUGGUGAAGGCGAUGGCGAUGACGAGUAUUUGGAUUUUGAGCAGACCUAUGAUGGGCUGGGCAACCAGCUGAACGAGACUGGUGAUGAGGACAACGACGACACUUUUGGAGGUGGGCCUGUCACAAGAGAGCAGCUUGGCAGAGACUUUGACUUCGCCGGCCAGACUGCGAAUGUGAGAGGUACUCUUCUGGAAGAGCAGACACUUCACCAUGCCCGCCAACCAUUCCCUCAACCUCGCGCGCAACCUCAGCAGCGACCAACGCGGACCGGCUAUGAAGCGUACAAGGAGCCACAAUACAUUCCAAAGCUUGAGGCCGAUGCAUCCAUUUGGGGCUCGUCUGUUGCGAAAAAGUCAGAGCCGGCAGGACAGCCGCAGCCACCACCAGGCAUGGGUGGCGCGAAAAUGAUGAGUCUGGAAGAGGUGGAGGCGGCUAUGCGAGCACAUGCGCGUCCUACACCUCCGGCUCAGCCAGACAUUCAGAGCCAGACACUAGGCUUGAAGAAUAUGCUGGGUCUUGGUGGUGCACCGACGCCUCCAGCCCAGCCUCAAUUUGCGCAACAAAGGACACCACAAAUCCUUCAGCGACCGCCGCAGCUUCCACAAGAGCUUCCAGCACAGCCAAGCCCGGACUACCAGAAUCGUGCACCACACAUCCUGCAGCGACAGCACACUCCCGGCAAUGCUCGACCCGCUUCGCAGGACUUUCAUGGCCAGCCGCCACAACCAAUGCAGUUCCAGCAAGGACCACCUCCUCCAGGCUUUCCUCACGGCCAGGUCCCACGUGGCCCUAUGCAGCCAGCUCACCACCGAGGUCCGUCUUACCAAGGCCCGCCAAUAACACAGGCGCAGCAGAUGAUGUCGAUGGCGCCAGAGGAGCGUGCUGCAUACAUGGAAGAGGAAGCCAAGCGAGCCAAGAGAAACCACAAGAUCUUCCUCCUGAGCAAGAAUAAUGGGCUUAUGACCCCGCAAGACAAGAACUUCAUAACCCGAAUUCAGCUUCAGCAGCUACUCACCGCCACUGGAGGUGUCGACAACGACCCUGGCAGCGAGGAGCAACUUGCGGAAGACUUUUACUACCAGGUCUAUGCGCAAAUCCGUGGCCCACCUCGUAGUGGACCUGGUCAGCCAAUCAACCAGUUUGCGCAGACUUAUCUUUUCCAAACCGGCAGUCGAUACGGGUAUGGCAGAUCGAGACAUCAUCCACGUGGCGGUGACAACCAUGUGCAGAGAAUGGAGCAGCAGGUGGCCAGAGCUGUGGAGGCGGCCAAAGCGAGACCAAAGAACAAGUCGUUGGUCAUGGAAGGCUCGCUCGGCAAGAUCGCAUUCAGCAAUUCGAAAACUCCUCGCCCACUUCUUAAUAUCAAGCGACCCGACUCUGCCGACGUUAGAAAGCAUCAUCCUUCCAAGCCCGCUGAUCGAAAAACUACUCUCCGCAACAUUGAGACCAUGCACGCAGCAUUGAUGCGGGUGGAAGAUCACGACAGAAAGCAGCCUCCGCCUCCACAGGAAGAUGGCUCCCCCGACGUGUUUGAAGCACACAUAGGAUGGCGAAGCGAGAUGCAGGAACUCAACCAGCAGUUGUGGGAUUCUCUCAAGAUUAUGGUUGAUCAUAACAACAAGAGGAUUAUUCCACGCAUCUUCCGCCACCUCGAUGACCAGCAACGGCUCACCAUGUUGACUCUGAUUGUCAUUCAUCUCGAUGUUCUUGAUGUGAUCCGCGACGCCUAUCCUCCAGCCGAUAACAGCCCUCUUCCAGCACGAGUUAAAGAAGAAGUCGAACUCUUCAAUAACUGUGUCAUCACGCCGCUUUCGAGCUAUGUAAGCGAGGCUCCGCUCAAUAUCAUCAUCGGAUUGCUCGGCCUCGUCCUCGAUCGAACACAGGUACAGCAUGUCGUUCGCACCAAGAUUGGCAAUCUCAUCCUGACUAUCCUCAUCGCUCGUGCUGCGCUUCUCAAACAAGCUCAAGGCAGCGAGGACUUCUCGCAAUGGGAAGACAUGUAUGCGCGACUCUUCGACACCCUGGAACCUGUCCUGCCCUACAUAUUCCCCACGGACACCAACAUCGCUGCGAGUGAUGAUGUGCAUGUAUGGCAUUACUUGGCCGUUAUGGGUGCCGCCGCUUCGCCUGAUCAACAGCAGCGACUUGUGCUCGGAGUGAAGGACCGCGUAAUGGAAACCGUGGCGAUCAGCAAGACAUUGCCGGAAGCAAUGAGUCAGAAGAGAUUGAGUGACGUGAACUUAUUUAUGAGGUCUAUUGGGUUGGAUGUUGAAUUGCUUGGGUGAUGAAGAGACGUACAGUGGUGGUAAUCAAACGAGUAGAAGCUUCGAAACCAGUGGUUGCAGACUUUCGUCGCAACGUAAUGAGAGUGCUGCUGAACAUGCGCGGCACCUUUGAUUUGCCAUAGUCAUGAAAAGCGUUCUGUAUUCGUCG